UGGUUACGACGACCACACACGCACGACAGCCAGCUGAUGAGCUGAAGCGCGGACUAGUGUUUUUUUUACUUGCUUUCUUUUGAUAAAAGUUUGUUUAUAAAAGUAGAUUAACUUUAUUAUAUUUAAAUUGUUAUUUGUUGCUAAAGAUAUGUAUUGCUAGUCUUUUGAACAAAAAAAAAGAUAAUAUAUUUUUGUUUUCCUGCCAAAAUCUCAUAAAAAUGAAAGGGGGGAAGAUUGUAAUAACUGCAAACCGAUGCAUUUCUAGCAAAUUAUUACCAUGGAUAAGCACGCGCGGCGCGGCUACGGAGGCGUCGAAGGCAUCAAAGGCGGCCCGGCCGGCGCCGCGUGAGAGCGGCUCGUUCGUGCUGAACCUGUUCCGCGGGCGGCUGGAGCCCGCGCAGGUGUUCCCCUACCCCGAGCCGCUGUCCGACGACCAGCGCCAGGUGCUGCACGAGCUCGUGCCGCCGGUCGAGAAAUUCUUCCAGGAGGUGAAUGACCCGGCGAAGAACGACGCGGACUCGCAGGUGGAGCCGGCGACGCUGGCCGGCCUGUGGGACAUGGGCGCCUUCGGGCUGCAGGUGCCCUCCGAACUGGGCGGGCUGGGCCUCAACAACACGCAGUACGCAAGACUCGUCGAGAUCGUGGGCGCGCACGACCUGGGCGUGGGCAUCACGCUGGGCGCGCACCAGUCCAUCGGCUUCAAGGGCAUCCUACUGUUCGGCACCCCCGAGCAGAAGCAGCGCUACCUGCCGCGCGUCACCGGCGGGGAGUUCGCUGCCUUCUGUCUCACCGAGCCCUCCUCCGGCUCCGACGCCGGCUCCAUCAAGACGCGCGCAGUGCUGUCGCCGGACGGCGAGCACUUCAUUCUGAACGGGUCGAAGAUCUGGAUCAGCAACGGCGGCAUCGCGGAGAUCAUGACGGUGUUCGCGCAGACGCCGGUGGAGAAGGACGGCAAGACGGUGGACAAGGUGACCGCCUUCAUCGUGGAGCGCUCCUUCGGCGGCGUCUCCUCCGGCCCGCCCGAGAACAAGAUGGGCAUCAAGUGCUCCAACACCACCGAGGUCUACUACGAGGAUGUCAAGGUGCCGGUGCGGUGCGUGCUGGGCGGGCUGGGCAACGGGUUCAAGGUGGCGAUGAACAUCCUCAACAACGGACGCUUCGGUAUGGCGGCCGCGCUCUCCGGCACGCAGCGCGCCGCCAUCAAGCAGGCCGCCGAGCACGCCGCCACGCGCACGCAGUUCGGGCGCAAGCUGGCCGAGUUCGGCACCAUACAGGAGAAGCUGGCGCGCAUGGCGAUGCUGCAUUACGUGACGGAGAGCCUCGCCUACAUGGUCAGCGGCAACAUGGACUCCGGCGCGCAGGACUACCACCUCGAGGCAGCUAUCUCCAAGGUGUUCGCGUCAGAGGCAGCGUGGACGGUGGUGGACGAGGCCAUCCAGAUCCUGGGCGGCAUGGGCUUCAUGAAGGCCACCGGCCUCGAGCGCGUCAUGCGCGACCUCAGGAUCUUCCGCAUCUUCGAGGGCACCAACGACAUCCUCCGUCUGUUCGUGGCUCUCACUGGCAUCCAAUACGCGGGCUCGCACCUGCAGGAGCUGCAGCGCGCCUUCAAGAAUCCGACUGCGAACCUGGGACUCAUCUUCAGCGAGGCGGGCCGCCGCGCCUCCGCCGCCGUGGGGCUCAGCUCCGGGCCCUCGCUCGACCCGCACGUGGCGCCCGAGCUCAGGGCCCAGGCGGCCGAGCUGGCCAAGCAGGUGUCCGAGUGCGGUCGCGUGGUGGAGGGCGUGCUGGUGAGUCACGGUCGCGCGGUGGUGGAGCAGCAGUUCGUGCUCAACCGCCUGGCGGCCGCCGCCAUCGACGCGUACACCGCGGCCGCCGCGCUCUCCCGCGCCUCGCGCGCCGCGCGCCUCAGUCUACCCACGCACGCGCACGAGGCGCGCCUCGCCUCCGUGUGGGCGGACGAGGCACUAGGCCGCAUCCCAGCCCUGCUCGCCGACGCGCGCGCGCCUCGCACGCUGCGCCGCUACGACCAGCUCGCCACGCUGGGGAAGGACAUCGCCGCCGCCGCCGGACAGCCCUCCGCCAACCCUCUCAACUUGUGACCGAACCCUCUCUCUCUCCCCCUCGCGUAAUCUCUGUCCGUCGGCUUCGAUGGGGUGUUUGAAUGUAAAAUAAAAUACCUUAGAUUAAGUGAAAAUAUAUUUAUUUACAACGGACCCGCCUUAUCAUUUAUUCGAAGAACGAAGGAGACGACGCAGGUGCGAAUGUUUCGAUCUUCGUUUUACAGAUUUCCCUAUCUAUGUCUUAAAAAGCUAAACAACGAUAUCGAUAUCUCGCGAGUGCUCGGACGACAACCGGAGGCCUCCUCUAAUUUAACGAAUCAUCGAAACUUUCAACUUUUCCGACUAUGUUUCUUAAGUAUCUCUAAUUAUAAUAAUAUUCUUUCUCCUAAAAAUUUUAGGUUUCUCCGAGCCUCCUCAACAACAAAUUCGAUUUACUUCAUUCGAAUUAAGUUUAACCGCAAACUGAUGCAAUUAUAUUUCGUUUGAGUGUUACGGAUUGGUAAAAUUUGAUAUUAAUUAAUCACAAUGUCCAAUUAGAAAAUAGACAAAUUAAUAAUUCAUCAAAUCCUCUUCUCAUCAAGUUCAUGUACAAUUGCUGUAACUAUAAGAAAUUAUCUAGACAAAAAAGGAGAUUACUCAGCUUCCAUACAUGUUUGGCCUAUGACCAAUAAUCAUGAAAAAUUGUUUCCUAGAUUCGAAAUUAUAUUUAUAUUACUAUAGAAACGAAUAUUAUUGACAUACACUCCUGAGAACCUUAGGUUAUACAGUCUUCUUCAGUAGAUUCAUUAUUUUUGUUAUGUUAACAUUAUAAUCAUAAUUAUUUUAUAUUUUUAGCACACGCACUUUAUUCCACGGAUUUUUGGAACGAAGUUCCUUACGGCAGGCUUG